UCAAUCUUUCCUUUGCAGGCUCACACCUUAAAAUAGAAAGAAGCAUUACAAGCGAAAAGACAAGAAACGAUGGUAGCGGUUGGUCAAUAUGAUUACUAUGCACCGCCAGGCAAGAAUAUUGGUUCUGGUGCUGGUGCUGGUGCUAGUGCAAUAGCUGCCUAUGAUGCUCCCGAAGGAGUGGAGAUUCGUGGCCGGUAUGACGGAGAGUUUGAUAAGAUUCUUACCCGGGACGCCUUGCAAUUCGUUGCAGAUUUGCAGCGAGAGUUUAGAAACCGCAUCAAGUUUGCAAUGGAGUGUCGUAAGGAAGCCAAGAGGAGAUACAAUGAAGGAGCAUUACCAGGCUUUGAUCCAGCAACGAGGUAUAUAAGGGAAGGGGAUUGGACUUGUGCCCCUGUCCCUCCAGCUGUGUCUGAUCGGACGGUGGAGAUUACCGGGCCAGUGGAGAGGAAAAUGAUCAUCAAUGCACUCAACUCAGGAGCUAAAGUUUUCAUGGCUGACUUUGAAGAUGCACUUUCUCCAAGUUGGGAGAACCUGAUGAGGGGACAUGUUAACUUGAGGGAUGCUGUUGAUGGGACUAUAACCUACCAUGAUAAGGCUAGAAACAGAGUUUACAAGCUUAAUGAUCAAAUAGCUAAGCUCUUUGUCCGUCCACGAGGCUGGCAUCUACCUGAAUCUCACAUUCUCAUUGAUGGAGAACCCGCAACUGGUUGCCUUGUGGAUUUCGGUCUUUAUUUUUACCACAACUAUGCUGCAUUUCGCAGGACACAAGGUGCAGGCUAUGGUCCUUUCUUCUAUCUCCCUAAAAUGGAGCACUCAAGGGAAGCUAAGAUAUGGAACUGUGUGUUUGAGAGAGCUGAGAAGAUGGCAGGAAUAGAAAGAGGAAGUAUUAGAGCUACUGUUCUAAUUGAAACACUUCCAGCUGUUUUUCAAAUGAAUGAAAUCCUCUAUGAAUUAAGAGAUCACUCUGUUGGCUUGAAUUGUGGAAGAUGGGAUUAUAUUUUCAGCUAUGUCAAGACAUUCCAGGCUCACCUGGAUCGCCUGUUACCCGAUAGGGUUCAAGUUGGCAUGACCCAACAUUUCAUGAAGAGUUACUCUGAUCUCCUCAUUUGGACAUGCCACAGGCGUGGUGUGCAUGCCAUGGGUGGCAUGGCAGCACAAAUUCCAAUUAGAGAUGAUAAAGAAGCAAAUGAAGCAGCACUAGAAUUGGUAAGAAAGGACAAGCUAAGAGAGGUUAAAGCAGGGCAUGAUGGAACAUGGGCAGCACACCCAGGACUUAUCCCAGCAUGCAUGGAAGUAUUCACAAACAACAUGGGAAAUGCUCCAAACCAAAUUCAAGCCAAGAAAAGAGAAGAUGCUGCAAAUAUAACAGAGGAAGACCUAUUACAAAGGCCUCGAGGAGUUCGAACAAUGGAAGGUCUUCGCCUAAACACUAGAGUUGGAAUCCAGUACUUAGCAGCCUGGCUUACUGGAACAGGCUCAGUGCCUCUUUACAAUCUUAUGGAAGAUGCUGCCACUGCUGAAAUUAGCAGGGUCCAAAAUUGGCAAUGGAUUAAGUAUGGAGUGGAGUUGGAUGGAGAUGGACUGGGAGUGAAGGUGACAAAUGAUCUUUUUGGAAGAGUUGUAGAAGAAGAAAUGGCUAGGAUUGAAAGGGAAGUUGGAAAAGAGAAAUUCAAGAAAGGAAUGUAUAAGGAGGCUUGCAAGAUCUUCACUAGGCAAUGCACAGCUAAAACGCUGGAUGAUUUUCUCACCUUAGAUGCAUAUAACAAUAUUGUUAGAUAUCACCCCAAGGGAUCAUCUAAGCUUUAAAUAAAUUUCAUGUGUUGCCUAUUAUCAGUUCUGGUAUUGGGAGUUCGUCUUUGUUUUAUUAAUAACACUCCCCUGUGAUUUCACUUUUGUUUGAA